GAUCGUGAUUGGAGCUGAUAAGGCGGCUGCCAAUAAAUUAAAUUCCUUUAAUUAAUUGCAUUUAACAGUAAUAAAAUGUAUACAAGACUUUUGCAGCAUUUCGGCAACGGUGUCAGGUGCCUGGCCACACAAGCCACGCCAAAAGUGCAACCCAUUAAUAAAAUAGUGAUCUCGAAUCGUGGAGAGAUAGCAUGUCGUGUAAUACGCACAGCACGGAAGCUGGGCGUGCGCACCGUUGCCGUCUAUUCGGAUCCGGACGAACACAGUCUGCACACAGAAAUGGCCGAUGAAGCUUAUCGCGUGGGAGAAGCCGCCUCGAAUUCAUCGUACUUGCGUGGCGAGCGCAUCCUGGAAAUAGCUAAAAGAUCUGGUGCCCAAGCUAUACAUCCCGGCUAUGGUUUCCUCUCGGAGUCCGUGGAAUUCGCAGAGCUGUGCCAAAAAGAGGGUGUCAUCUUUAUGGGACCCCCAAGUUCAGCCAUACGAGAUAUGGGCAUCAAGAGCACCAGCAAAGCGAUUAUGGCUGCUGCCGGUGUGCCCAUCAUUAAUGGGUAUCAUGGCGACGAUCAGUCCGAUGAGUGUCUCCAGGCAGAGGCCAAAAUUAUUGGUUUCCCGCUGAUGAUCAAAGCGGUGCGCGGCGGUGGCGGCAAAGGCAUGAGAAUCGCUGAGAAACCGGAAGAUUUUCUCGGCGCUUUGAACUCAGCACGCACCGAAUCUUUAAAGUCCUUCGGGGACAGCUCUGUGCUGCUGGAGCGCUAUGUGCGCUCUCCACGCCACGUUGAGGUUCAGGUCUUUGCAGAUCAGUACGGCGAUGCGGUUUAUCUGUGGGAACGAGACUGUUCCGUGCAGCGGCGUCAUCAGAAAAUCAUCGAGGAGGCGCCAGCGCCUGGCCUGUCGGAGGAGCUGCGUCGCGAGCUGGGCGAGGCUGCUGUGCGCGCUGCCAAAGCUGUGGGCUAUGUUGGUGCCGGCACCGUUGAGUUUAUACUGGACAAGGAGGAUCUCUCCUUUCACUUUAUGGAGAUGAACACGCGCCUCCAAGUGGAGCAUCCCAUCUCCGAGAUGAUAACCGGCACCGAUCUGGUCGAGUGGCAAAUUCGUGUGGCUGCUGGCGAACCAUUGCCACUGACUCAAUCGCAGAUCUUGCGACGGGGACACGCCUUCGAGGCACGCAUCUAUGCGGAGAAUCCACGUGGUGGUUUCCUGCCCGGCGCUGGACCUCUGCGCUAUUUGAGCACCCCCGAGCCCAGUGCUGAUGUCCGUGUGGAGACGGGCGUCCGAGAGGGCGAUGAAGUCUCUGUCCACUACGAUCCCAUGAUUGCCAAGCUGGUUGUCUGGGGCGAGAAUCGCACGCAGGCGCUCAACUCUCUAAUUGCACGCCUGGGCGAGUAUCAUAUUUUUGGUCUCGAUACAAACAUCAACUUCCUCAUCGAUCUGGCCUCGCAUCAGGAGUUCCAGCUGGCCAAUGUGCACACUGGUUUCAUUGAUGAGCACUUUGACACACUCUUUCCCCCAAUUGUCGUCAAGGAGCAGCAACUGAGCCAAGCUGCACUCGCAUUGAUCUUCAAUGAGUUGCAGGCUGCCAGCAGCAAUGCAAGCGGCAACCAGGAUCCCUUUGCGGCUGCCACAAAUAUGCGUCUAAAUUACGCGCUAAUUCGCAGAUACAAUUUGAAGACAAAUGACAAAGUUUACGCCGUGGAAGUCAAGUAUGAUGCUGGCGACAUCGAAAUUCGUGUCGAUGGCGGCGCUUGGCAAGUGAUUAAAGCCGAGCGUGUUGAGCAAGGAAAACGCUUGAAAAUCCGGGCCAAUAUCGACAAUAAUAUUUCUACAUACAACGCCAACAUUGAUGGCGCAAAUCUGACACUCUUCCUGGAGAAUGGCAAAUUGGAUUUAGAGCUGGUGCAGCCCAAGUUCCUGAGCGCCCAGUCGGAUCAGCUGGGUAGCGGUGGCUCCCGAGUGAUUGCACCCAUGCCUGGUGUACUGGAGAAGCUGCUGGUUAAGCCUGGCGAUAAGGUUAAGAAGGGCGACAGUCUCGCUGUGCUUAUAGCCAUGAAAAUGGAACACAUUUUGAAGGCGCCCAAGGAUGCGACCAUCAAGUCCGUUGGUGGCGCCGAAGGCGACAAUUUGGCCAAGGGUGCAGCUGUCAUCACCUUUGUUGAUGAGGAACCAAAGGAGGAUAUGUGAUUCGACUGGAGAUAUUGGGAAAUUUGUUGCAUUUAUGCACAGCAUUUGAAUUCUUUUACAUUUGUUACUGUGCUUUUAAUUGAUCCUUGAUCAGAUUUAAGUUUGAACCAUGUGCAUUUAUUAGUUUUAAGCGUAAAUAUUUCCAUUUAAUGGAGAAUUGUUUUGUUUUUUUGUAACGUUCACAUUAAAAGAAAUGGGUUUAUUAUUUGUCUCAUGAA